CGGCGGACGCGGCGCGGAGUAGACGUGCUAUGCCGCGUGAGUGAUAAGUGUAGUGGGGCCGCGGCCCAAUCGUUCGAAAAUAGAAAACGGAAAAAUUGAACCCCAGAUGGGAGUGUACGAGGAGAGGGGAGCGAUGCACUGGCAACAGAGUGAGCGCUACCUAUCUUCAGCUUACGAGGGUGGAGCGGAGCUGUCCCCGGUUGCCCCAGCAACGUCGCCCGGAUCCCCUCGGGACUGCACUUCGUGUCGGAAGCGAGAGCCCCCAGACGCGCCCCAACCUCCUCCGGACGACGCGUGCGCAGGCUGCGGCGCCCGUAUCACAGACAGAUACUACUUGCUCGCCCUGGAACGCCGCUGGCACACACCCUGUCUCCGCUGCUGCGAAUGCAAAAUGCCUCUGGACUCAGAGCAGCGCUGUUAUGCAAGAGACAGCAACAUUUUUUGCAAAAAUGACUACUUUCGGCUUUACGGGUCAAAGCGGUGCGCACGGUGCAACACGCCUAUUUUGGCGUCGGAGCUUGUGAUGCGCGCGCGUGACCUGGUAUUCCACGUGCAUUGCUUCUCUUGUGCACUCUGCAGUUCACCGCUCACCAAGGGAGACACCUUCGGCAUUAGGGAUUCGGCCGUUUACUGCAGGCUGCAUUACGAAACCAUGCCGGAGUACGGGCCCCACAUGCCGGUCCCUGGUCCCCCCCAGAUGUGCCCCGGACCUUACGUAGGGCCCCCGCCGGGCUCUCACUACACCCCAUACCCAUCGCCCGAGUUUGCGCGUGUCGAGCCCGAUGUUCCUAAAGGCCCCUUCUUUAAUGGCGCCGCAGCACCCCCGCCCCGGCAAAAAGGACGUCCCAGAAAAAAGAAGCCUAAAGAUCAAGAUCUGAUGACCGCCAACCUUGAUCUGAAUCACGAGUAUAUGGAGAUGGGUUUCCGUGGCGGCACCGCACUGGGGUCCACUUCGCGCACAAAGCGGAUGCGCACGAGUUUCAAGCAUCACCAGCUGCGCACCAUGAAGUCUUACUUCGCGAUCAAUCACAAUCCUGACGCGAAGGACUUAAAGCAACUCAGCCAGAAGACUGGAUUACCCAAAAGGGUUUUGCAGGUGUGGUUCCAGAACGCGCGAGCGAAGUGGCGGCGAAUGGUGACCAAGCAGGAAAACAAGAUGGCGGAGAAGUGUUCGCCCGACGCCUCGCUGGAGAUGGACUUGUACCACGGGCCCAUGGGCUCGAUACAGUCGUUGCCGCCGCACAGCCCUCCGUACAGUGUGAUGGGGGGCCCGCCGAGUCCGAACUCCAUGGACUGCGCAUAGCGCCAGUUUUGCGCUUUAUGAGCGCUCUAAAUUUAAACAGUGGUGUCGGAAUCGCGCCGUCAGCCGCCUAACGCUCCAACUGUUUCGAAGGGGAAUUCCGUGGGCGCUGUGCUCAGUGAUCUGCUAUGUUCUCGCUUACUGUCUGCCUAUCAGACCGAAAUAAAAUCGUGUUGUAGUGUGACCUAGUAAAUAUCCCAAUGGUUGUGCGGAAAUAAUAUGUUGUAUGAAACUAUAAAAAUUCGUGUUAGUUAUAGAGACUCGUUUCUGUGUAAAUGUUGAUCUACGUUAUAAUUUCAAAAUAAGAAGUC